UACCAAAGAGGUCAGCACUAUUCUCAACGUAUGGUUCGCCACGUUGGAAGAAGUUGACGGGUGACUACUGCUUAUUUGACGUUAGGGGUUUAUUUCUAUAAAAUACUUGAUUCAAUAUAUUCAGGAAUCAAGAAUGAAGAUAAAAGAAUUAUUAAAGACAGUUAAUGUAGCAUGGUCACCACCUGCUCAAUACCCCAUAUUAUUGGCUGCAGGAACUGCAGCUCAACAACUUGAUGCAAGUUUUAAUACAUCUGCUAGUUUGGAUUUAUAUUCUUUAAAUUUACAACAACCUGGAUAUGAUUUAGAACUUAAAACUAGUGUUGCAAGUGAUCAUAGAUUUCACAAAAUAAUAUGGGGUUCAUAUGGUAAUAACCCUGCUGGUAUAAUUGUUGGAGGUUGUGACUAUGGCAUGAUAAAAAUUUAUUCUGCUGCUAAAAUGUUGGCCAAUGAUAAUAAUUAUUUAAUAAGUAGUCCAGAUAGACAUACAGGUCCAGUUAGAGCACUUGAUUUUAAUCCAUUUCAAGCAAAUUUAUUAGCAACAGGAGCAACAGAAAGUGAAAUUUAUAUAUGGGAUAUUCUUAAUACAAAUACCCCAAUGACUCCUGGAUCUAGAAGUCACCCAUUAGAAGAUGUACAACAUAUUGCUUGGAAUAAGCAAGUCCAACAUAUUCUUGCUUCCACAUUUUCACAACGUUGUAUUAUAUGGGAUUUAAGAAAAAAUGAACCUAUUAUCAAAUUAACAGAUGCAAAUUCAAAGGUAAGAUGGAAAGUAGUGCAAUGGCAUCCAGAUGUUGCAACACAAUUAUGUUUAGCAUCAGAAGAUGAUCAAACUCCUAUAAUUGAAUUAUGGGAUUUAAGAUUUGCAACAUCACCUUUGAAAACAUUUCAAAAUCAUCAACGUGGAGUUCUAUCAAUUGCAUGGAAUUUACAUGAUCCAGAUUUGCUUUUAAGUUGUGCCAAAGAUAACAGAAUAUUAUGUUGGAAUCCUAAUUCAGAUAUACCAAAUGGGGAGGUAAUUUGUGAAUUAGCACAGACAAAUCAAUGGAAUUUUGAUGUGUCAUGGUGUCCAAGGCAUCCAGGAUUGGUUGUGGGAACUAGUUUUGAUGGACAUGCAGCAAUUUACUCUUUAUUAGGAGGACAACAACAAAAGUCUGUAGAGACAUCUAAUAAAAUUGUAGAUUCUUUCCCUGGAAUGGAUCCUUUUACACAUCCACCUCCUCCAGUACAUAUUGAACCAACAGUUAUUUUGACAAAAGCUCCAAAAUGGCUAAAAAGACCAUUUGGAGCAUCUUUUGGAUUUGGUGGUAAAUUGAUAAUUUUUGAAAAUGGAUCUGUAGAUCCUAAUUUACCUCCAAACUCAAACAGAAAAGUAAUCAUAUCACAAGUAGUUACACAACCAGAUUUAAUUCAACGUUCAAAUGAAUUGGAAGAAGUUCUCAAAAGUGAGCAAUACAAUGAUUAUUGUAAAGGAAAAGUUGAAAGUACUACUGAUAUAUAUAGAAAAAAGAUAUGGAAUUGUGUGGCUGCAUAUUUCGGUGAAAAUGUGACAAAAGAUAUAUUGGAUUUACUUGGUUACAAUGUGGAUGCAAUGAAUAAUAAAUUAAGUCAAUUUAUUUCGCAAGAAGAUAUUAAUAAUAUUACGGAAGGAAUCGGUAAUUUAAAUAAUGUACUUAAUGGAAGUGCUGUUGAUGGAACUACAGCAUUUGAUGCUAUUGCACAAGAAUCUAAGAAAGCAACAAUAGCUAAUCUAAAAAAUAAAAAACUUCAAAUUAAUGUAUCUGAUGAUGAGGAUGGGCUUAUCACUCAAGCAAUCCUCUUAGGAAAUAUAGAAGCUGCAGUGUCAUUAUGUUUUGCCAAUAAAAGGUACGCAGAUGCGGUCAUUCUUUCAAUGGCUGCUGGACCUGAUUUGUUAGCACGUACCCAGUACAGAUACUUUUCAGAACAUUCUGGAGCUCUCAAUUCUCUUAUCAAUUCGCUAGUUAGUGAAAAUUGGGCUGAAAUUGUUAACAAUGCUGAUAUAAAUUGUUGGAAAGAAGUAUUGAUUGGAAUAUUUACUCAUUCCAAUCCACAAGAACGAUCUGCUUUAUGCGAUAUGCUUGGGGAUCGUUUGGAAUCGUCCGAUAAUGUAACGCUUAAAGAACAAGCUCAGAUUUGCUACAUUUGCUCUGGCAAUUUGAACAAACUGGUAGAAUCUUCUGAUGUUGAAAUUCAAGAAAUAGUAGAGUUAAUAGUUAUAAUGCAAAAAGCUUUAGAAAUGCAAGGUAUUAGAGAUGUACAAAUAGAAGGAAAAAUCGCAAAUAUUUUAUCUCGUUAUGCUGAAAUGUUAGCAGCCGAAGGAGAUCUCGAUGCUGCAUUGAAUUAUCUAGGAAAUAGUCAAGAUGAAAAAAUCGUAAUGUUGAAAGAUCGUUUAUGUAGAGCUUUGGGUUAUAUUGAAGAAUCAAAAAUUGUGCCAAAAGGACCAACAAUGCAAAAUUAUUACGAUCGAACAAGAAGAUCUGUACAAGGUGUACAAAAUCCACUAUCUGGAGGACCAACAAGACCCUUUUUCGAUUCAAAUAUUGCUCCUACAAAACAAUCCUUUAUACCACCUCCAAAUCAAUUUAAUACUCAACAACAACAACAAUCAUUUGGAAUGCCACCUCCACUUCAACCACUUCAACCACUUCAACCACUUCAACAAACUUAUGCAAGUCAAUCUAUAACUCAACCUAUGCAACCUACACAAUCUAUGCAAUCUAUGCAACCUAUGCAACCUAUGUUAUAUGAUCAAACAUCGCAAUCUUACACUUCAACAUCUAUUUCUCAAUCACUUCCACCACCACCUCCUUCAAAUGCAUCAAGUGGAGUUGGAUCUCGACCUCCUAGCGUUGGACCUCAAGCGAGAUCAAAAUAUAUAAUAGAUCCAUCUGUAAAAUCUACUUCAACAUACGGACAAAGUGGUUUUCCUCAACAAACAUCUCCAUAUAAUAAUCAACAAAUUCCUCCAGUACCAGGCUAUUCUUCAUCAAGUAUUUAUCAACCUCAAGUUCCUAUGUCAACAAACACAUUCCCCGGACAAAAUCUUAUAUCUAAUCCUAAAGAAGUAGAAUCUUUUAAACCUGUUCAACUUAGUGUAUUAUCUCCAUUACAAAAUCAACCACAAAAUCAAAUGUAUGAAGCUAUUAGAACGCAACCACUUCCGCAAACUGGAUAUGGCAAUGAAAAUCAAUCAUCUAUGGAUCGUUCAAACAUCUAUCAACCACCGCUACAACCUGCCGGAUGGAACGACCCACCCGCUGCAAAGCCGUCUAGGAUACAAUCAAAACAAGAUUUUCAACCACAAAAUCCGAUUUUACAUCCAUUAAGAGGGACAAUACCACAACCUGAACCAAAUGUUUUGCCACAAGAGAGAUUCUACCCAGAAUCACAAGCACCUUAUAAUCCUCAACAAUAUAAUCAGAAUAUGUCAAAUAUGGGUGCUCAAUAUGUUAAACAAAUGGAACCUUCACAACCAACUACAAUUGCUAGAACAUUAGAACCAGAAAAACCAAAACUACCAAUACCAGAACAACACGUGCACCUGAAAACAGUAUUUGAUGAAUUAAAAAAACAAUGCUUUGAAAAUGCUAAAAAUCUGCAAAUCAAACGCAAAAUAGAAGAUGUAUCCAAAAAACUUGAUGUUCUAUAUGAUUGUCUUAGAGAGAAUAAGUUAUCACAGAAUACUUUACAAGGAUUACAUCAAAUAUCACAGAUGAUACAAAGUGGAAACUAUACUGGAGGCUUAGAACUUCACACACAAUUGGUGUCAGGCCCAGAUUUCAGUCAGAUAUCUUCUUUCAUGCCUGGUAUUAAAGUAUUAUUAUUAAGUGCCCUUCAAUUGAAUGUCUAUAUUAGAUAGAAUGCAAUAUAUAAAACUCAAAAUCUUUAUACUUAUUCAUUUUUAUAAUUUGAAUUUUUUAUAAUCUUUAACAGUCUUAUUAAACGAAGUAUUUAUGUUACAUUUCUAUACUAUUCAAUGCAGUAUGGAUAGUCGUGAAUAUUUGUAUAUAAACUUUAUGACUGAAUAUUAUAUCAUCAAUAAAAUCAUAAUGUUUAUAUAUUUACAUUUAAAAAAAGAUGGCUUAUCAAGAUUAUAGAUAAGCUUGUGUCAUAACUUCUUUACAAAUAUUAAAAAUAUUUCAUUAUAUGUAAGAGCAUGUAAAAAAUAGAAAAAAAUAUUCGGAUAAAUAUUUCAGCGAAUUGUUAAUUAAAUUUUGUUUCUUUUAACUAAUAUGUGUACAUAAAAUAUUAAAGUUGGCUUAAGAAAAUCAUGUGUAUAUUUUUAAAAAUAAAAAUAUUAUACAAUAAUUUUACUAAAA